AUGAUCACGCUGGCCACGAACCAACUCCUCGAGCAAUAUGGAAGGCCCGCUUUAACUGCGUCCAUUAGAGCCCAGCUUAUGGGCGUCCCGGACUCGACCAAUGGCGACGUAUUCCACAACUGGGCGAAGGUGCCUAUUCCCCGUGAACAGUUCGCCGGUGAAUUGAAAGACCAAAUGCGAAAGAACUUUCAGAACUGCACACCACUGCCAGGCGCGGAGAAACUUCUGUUGAACCUCAGUCGCGCACGGAAUGCUGCUGGGGACAGGAUUGAGUUGGCAUUGGCAUCUAGCACCAAAAGCCAAAGAUUCGAAUUGAAAAUUUCCAGGCCGGAAACGAAACAGUUAUUAGGCUUUUUCCCGCCCGAGAGACGUGUGCUUGGUGAUGACUCGCGGCCCAUCCUGCCCAGCGAAUGUUUGGUGUUCGAGGAUAGUGUGCCUGGAGUAGAGGCUGGAAGACGGGCUGGGAUGAGGGUCAUCUGGGUACCACAUCCAGACGUGGCGGCCGAAUAUCAGGAAAGCUCGGGGGCGAUACAUAGAGACAACUCGCAUGUAGGAGAGGUUGACGACGGCUGGACUGAAAUCAUACCGAGUCUGGAGGAAUUCAACUACGAGAAGUACGGGAUUGACGUGCGGUUUUAA